UGUUGUAAAGCCUACUUAUCACAACUGGUCCCCCUGGAUUGGACCACAGACAAGACGAUCUGACAUUUUGAUCAACACAGAGAGUGAAAAAGUCCACUUGCCUGAUUCCGACAGUGAUGUAGACCAGUUUCUCACAGAAGAGCGGCUUGCAGAUGAGGUUCUCAAUCUCAAGCUACCUGAGAUCAGGAGACUCUGCAGUCAAUGUGGAAUUGACAGCAGAGGUUCUAAGAUGGAUCUUGUGCUCCGUCUGCGGGACAAAAUGGCUUCUAGAGCCACAUAUAACAAGGUUUUUGAGAAAGUGUGGGGUGCCUCUGGUGGAUGGGCUGUAAUCACUUGUCCCUGUGGCAUUAUUUAUUCUGUAAAGUUUAACCUGAGAGCGGAGAGCCCUAGAGACUUUGCAGACCUUCUUUUAUCCUGGAAGUUUUUUCCCAAUAUUACAGUGUAUGACUACCCCAGGGGAUUGCUUGCUCAAGUAUUGGACCAAACCAGAGAUCCAGCUGAAUAUGUUGCUUGUGUUGAUGGGCAGGUCCUCACCAGAGGAGACAUGUUCACUCUUGGUUUAUCGCAAGACAUGAAUGGGCAGAUUCUGAACUCCUGUCUGAAAGUUGUUGAAAGAAUGUGCAUCAACAAGGUAUGUCAAUUUAUGUAACCUACAUUUGUUUCAUGAUAUUUGAGAGGUUGGAAUCGUAUAAAAACUAAAAGAGUAAAUCUCAUAAACGUGGAAAUGAAAAACAAUGUCAGGCAUGGUUUCGGAUGUGAAUUUAACAUAGAUGACAAAAAAGUGUCUCUUUACUUUGAACUUCUUGAUUGUCCCUUUUUUAUUAUUAUUUCUCUAGGGCAUCAAAGUUUUUGCAGGAAACAGUCAUGUAGUCCACACCUGGUUUCCACCUCUUUCCCUUGACCCAGCACAACACCUACCAGUACAUCCUGUUGAUAAAUUUAUGUUCACCUUUGGAGGUCAGAUUCACCACAAUAUAUUAAUUAUUUGAUUUAAUUGGAAGCCGCAGGCACAAGAUCUGGACUGGGUUCUGAUUCCUGUGUGGCAUCCUGGACAUUGGACACUAUGCAGAAGUCUGUCUUCAGAUGUCAUCUGGUCCAUGGACAGAAUUUGUUGGCAACGAUGUUGAGGGAUUGCCGAAACAAGGACUGUCCAACAACUGUGGAAUGUUUGUAGUGAUGUAUGCACUGUACUUUGUGAUGGGAGCAUCAUUUGAUUUCAGCGAGAAUGAUAUGAUGACAAUACGAAGAUGGUGGUCUCUCACUCUCUUGACAAACUUCCCUGUGAAGUCCAGAGAAGAACUGCAAAAGGAGAGAAAGCGGAAAAAAGUUGAGGAAAGGGAAAAAUGUGAGACUCUGUUUGCUGAUGACCACAACUAUGCCAAAGCAACCGAGGCACAAAUUGAGGUACAAAGUAUACCGCCAAUCUUACAGAUGCCUUUGAUUGUCCUGGAAGCUAUUCUCCAGGAGGUAAUACUGGCACAGGGAGACACAGCUUACCUCACGUUGGCAUUGACAUGCAAGUCCUUUGAAGCCAUUGUGUCUGACCCAGUGUUCAGGAAGAAGACUCACUUUGCUUGGUUGGAUGGUGAGAUCAACUGGGAAAAUUUUUCUGAAUCAUUCAAGGCAGAAAACAGGAUUCCUUUUGCGGUUAUCCAAUGUUCUUCCUGUAACCGGCAGUAUAAAGACUCUGUGGGCUUCACCGGGCAUGGAAGACGAGGAGAGUUCCCUCGUUACUAUUGUGAUGGCAUACCUGGACACUGCCCUGAAUGCCAGUACUAAAUGCAAGGAAGAUAUUAGUUUUUUUUCUUUUUUUUUUAUGAUGAAGCACAUUUGCCUUUUUUCUUGU